UGAGAGCCAUAGGGGGAGCGGAUGUGACCCCCCCAAUGCUCCAAGGGUCUCCCCACGCAGCCCACGUCCCAGGCAGACUUGGUGGAGGGCCCCCUACGGGAGGGGGGACAGGAGAAGUUCUCCAGGUUGGGACCCGUCCUGACACCGGGCGCUGAGACUCCAGGCUCUCUGUGGCCACGUCCACGUGAGGGAGAAGACAGGCCUGGGGGACAGCGGCUGCCCCAGACCCUGUUGUGGCCACAGCUCCCAUGGGAAUGUGGGUCCGUACCUGGCUGUGGGGCCGUCCCUCGGGCCGGGGGCCCCCGCAGUUCAGGCUUCAGGGGGGCUGAAGGAGGCAGGCCCUGGGCCACCUUCACCCACUGCAACUUCUGAAUCUGCAUCUCCUCCUCCGCCUCAAACUCCAUGAACCUGGGGGUGAGGAGGCCCAGCCACACUGAGGGGGGGGGCCCCCCGGGGAGCCCCCUAAGUUGGCAGCAGGUGGAGGGACCAGGAGAGGCGGGGCCUGGAGGGGAGGCCGUGACCCCGGCCCCCAAGGAGGCAGUCAGCUGGAUGUGCAGCCCCUCCCCCACGCUCCCUCGCAGGGAGUCCGACCAUGGGGAACUUGGGGUCACCCCCCAUUCCCAGGCCAGCUGGUGGAAGCAGGGGUGAGUCAAGAGCAGGGGAGGGUGGGAUCCAGGAAGGGAGGUGAGGGGGCCCCACUGGGCCGAGCUCCGGCACCCCUUGACCCUGGCCUGGGCCUGGACUCCCCCCCAGCCCUGGGCAGGGGACCCUGACUCACUUUCCCGCCAUCUCGUAGUAGAUAAGCCGGUCGAAGUUGCUUUUGCUCUGCCACUCCUGCACGGCCCACCACACGCCCUCCUCCAGCGUCAUCGUGGGCUUCAGGCGGGCCAGGGUCCGCAGCACCGGGCUGCAAGCCAUGGGGUCAGGGCUCAGGGCUCAGGGCUCCAUGGAUCCAGGCCCCGCCCCCAGGACAGCAGAGCGCACCCCCACCCACGUGGCCCAGAGCUGGCAGGUGACUGCACGAAGCAGCCAGCCGUCCUGGCCGGCCCCGCCCCCACCCCUGCCCGGGAGCACAGCUGACCAUCCCCUGGCCCCCUCGGCAGGGAUGCCGGGCUGGGCUCGGGGCUCGGGGCUCGUUCCUCCUGGCCUCUGCCUUUCACAACAACAGUCCUGACAUUCCUGGGCCAGAACAGGAGCCCCGUCCUCAGAGGGAAGGGCCGUCCCCCUGAGUUCAGGAGGGACCCAGAGGCCACAGAGAGGCAGGCAGGCCGGUGCCAGUCCCUGAGGAGGGAGCCCACGCCCUGACCCCUCCCAAGCCUGGGCCUCCCCUUCCUACUGCCAUCCUCUGGGACAUCGAGGAUGGGGCUGCAUGUGGCCUCUGCAGGGCCUGGUGGCCGAUACCACCUGAUGGGCCAUCCCCUCCACAUGAGAGGCCCCAUCCUGUGUUCCCAGGAGACAGGACUACAGAGGCCCUCCUCUCUUGUGGGGCCCUUCUGCCCCCGAGGCCCCAGCCAAUGGCACCAUGAGGCCCAUGGAAGGUCAAGGUCAAGUGGGCUAGGCUCCCCGGGGGUUGGGGGUCCUCCUCUCUUGUGGGGCCCUCUGGCCCCCGAGGCCCCAGCCAAUGGCACCAUGAGGCCCAUGGAAGGUCAAGGUCAAGUGGGCUAGGCUCCCCGGGGUUGGGGGUCCGCUGAGAUGGUCACCGGACCAGAGGUGCCUCCCCGGAGUGGCCCCCCCUCACGCCUUGCCCGCCACGCAUUGUCCCAGGUCCCCCGGGUGGGGGGGAUGCCACGGGCCCCAGGUACUCACAUGAGAAAGCAGGACAGAGCUUCGGCGUCGGGGCUCUGUGGCAGGUGCCUGCGGGCCAGGGACUUGAAGCGCUGCCAGCGCCUGAAGUUCUCAUAAACGCUCCUGGGGUUACAGGAGUCCUUGGGCGACGACGCAGUGCUCGGGUUGCUGGCUCCGCUGCCCUCCCUGCCAGCCCCGGGGGGCGGCGGCCCGGUGUUUACGAAGUGCUCCAGGGCGCUUAGCGGGGCCGCUGGUGGCAGAGCCGCAGCCAGAGGGCCUGGCGCUGAGAUUCCCUGGCCGACCUGGGAGCCCCCAAAGGCCGAGGCGGGUACGCCGGGUACCAUCACAGAGGCCGCCAGGAACACGGGUGUGGGACACGCAGCGCCCCCACAGAGUGUCCCCGCCGAGUUCCAGGUGGGGGGGGCCUGGGUCAGGACGAUGUUCUGAGUCUGGAGGGGCUCCAAUGACCCCUGCUCUGACCCGACCUGCACAAUGACGUUGCAGGUCCCGGGGCCCCCAGGGCCGUGGCCAGCGUCUCCUGCCACCAGCGGGAUGCUGGGGAAGGAUGGCAGCUCCAGGGGGCCACUGGCGGGGAAGGGCAGGUUCAGGAGGGGCGGCGGGGGCAGCGCCCAGGAGGACCGGUGGGGUAUGCCGUGAGGGGGUGCGGGAAACGGCUGGGAUGGGAAAGGAGACGCAAAGGCGCCCAUGUCCGUGGCCACGUGGGGCCGCAGCACUGGAAACGCUGUGGACAGAAGGAAAGGGCGAUGGAGUCAGGGAGUGGCAGCCGGCUCCGAGGGCCCCUGGGCCCCUGGGUCCCCGGGGGCAGAGCAGGGACCCUCCCACGUGGGGACUCUAUAGGGAGGAUGUGCAGCCCCUUUCCCCUGCCGCCUGGGAGGGAAGACCACAGCUUUCCGGGCUCCGGCCUGCCCACGAGAGGCAGCCUCGGGGACCCUGACUCUGACCCCCGCAGCCCAGCAAGCUCCCCUUCCUCCACCUCACCCCACCCACAGCCCGGUCCAGCGUCACAGUUGGAUCCCAGGGAUUUGAGGCCCGCCCAGAUCUGCCCCAUCCACCCGCCUACAGCCUUACCUCCUCCUGUCGCCAUCCCCCCAGCAGGGCUGCUGCCGCAGGGCAGCUUCCACAGUCAGAGGAGUCCCGUGCAGGACCCACCCUGUGACCUGCUGCAGCAGACGCUCAGGAUGCAGGGGCUGGACCGUCUGAACCCAGUUUGGAACACAGACCCUGAUUACGAAGGCCACGGGGACCCGAGGGUGUCAAAUCAGCCUGUGUCAGCAGUGUAAAAUUUCAAGCCAGCAAUACCCAAUACCUUUGUUUGGUUCAAAGUCAAACUGUACAUCGUGGAAGGACUGUGACGCCUCUUCCUCCCGCCUCUUCCUCCUGGCAACGCAGCCCCUUUCUCCCAGGAAACCAGUGUCACCUGGUCCUUUAAAUCUUGAGAGACAUGUAGGAUGUGGCUAAAAGUAAAUGCAACUAUUUCUGCUUUUUUGACACCUGAAAGCAUAUUUCUCUCUGGUUAAACGUUGAUACAGGUUCCCAAAUAUGUUUCAUAUGCACAGUGAUUGUCUUUGUUCUGCCACUGCGGCUCUUGUCCGUAUUCCUGGAGGUUAGAUCGUAGGAGCAGCAGCGCUCCCAUCCUUUACAAUUCAGAGGACCCUGUAGAAUAGGGCGGCCAGAUUUAGCAAAUAAAAAUAAUGGACACUCAGUUGAAUUGGAAUUUUAGAUAAACAGGGCAUCAGCUAUUUCCACAACUGUGUCUCAUGCAGCAUUAUUGAUAUACUCUGAGUGCAAAUCUGUUCCUCCUCUAUCUAAUUUUGCGUUGAG